AUUAGAAGGAGAGGGAGAUGGAGGAGGGAUUGGAGAGUGAGGUGGGGGAGGUGAGAGGGGCGUUUGAGAGUGGGAGAACGAGGAGCUUAUCAUGGAGAAGAUCACAACUCAGAGCACUUCUAAAGCUUCUGAAAGAUGAAGAAGAUGAUAUUUUUAAGGCCCUUAAAGAAGAUGUGGGGAAGCACCAUGUUGAAGCGUUUAGAGAUGAGGUGGGUGUUCUUAUCAAGUCCAUUGACUUUGCUCUAGGAGAAAUUAAACGAUGGAUGGCUCCUCAAAGGGUGUGGGUGCCAUUGGUAGCAUUUCCGACUACUGCGGAGGUGGUGCCGGAGCCGCUUGGGGUCGUGCUUAUAUUUUCGUGCUGGAAUUUCCCCUUGAACUUGUCAUUGGAGCCGCUGAUCGGCGCGAUUUGUGCCGGAAAUGGUGUAGUUUUGAAGCCCUCCGAACUCGCCCCGGCGACGUCGCAGUUUCUUGCAUGUAACAUACCAAAGUAUUUGGACAGCAAAGCUGUUAAGGUUGUCCAGGGAGGUGCAGAAGUAGGACAGCAACUCUUGGAGCUGAAAUGGGACAAGAUCUUCUUCACUGGAGGUCGCCGGGUCGGACAAAUUGUGAUGACUGCAGCUGCGAAGCAUUUAACACCAGUUGCUAUCGAAGUCGGGGGGAAAUGCCCGGCCAUUAUUGAUUCGUUUACGACCGCGAAAGAUAGAAAGGUGACUGUCGAACGAGUUGUUGGCGGAAAAUGGGGGCCUUGUGCUGGACAAGCCUGCAUAGCAAUUGAUUAUUUGCUCGUGGAAGAAGAGUUCGCACCUGUUCUGGUUGAGUUGCUGAAGGCGACAAUUGCGAAAUUCUUCACUGCACGCGAAUACGUCUCGCGGAUAGUUAACAAGCAUCAUUUUGAGAGGCUGAGCAGGCUUUUAGAGGAUAAAGAAGUUGCAGCUUCCAUCAAGCAUGGCGGCCUCCGCGAUCCUGAGAACCUGUUCAUUGAGCCAACCAUAUUGUUAAAUCCCCCGUUGGACACCGAGAUUAUGACUGAAGAGAUAUUCGGCCCACUGCUUCCAAUCAUCACACUGAAGAAGAUCGAGGACAGCAUCGAGUUUGUACGAGCAAGGCCGAAGCCGCUUGUUAUAUACGCGUUCACGCACAAUGAGACGCUGAAAAAGCGGAUCGUAGAAGAAACAUCUUCAGGAAGUGUCACUUUUAAUGAUGCCAUCAUACAAUUUCUACUGGACGCAUUACCAUUUGGAGGAAUCGGACAAAGCGGUUUCGGGCAAUACCACGGCAAGUACUCGUUCGACUUGUUCAGCCACCGGAAAUCGGUUGUGAGGAGGAGCUUCCUCACUGAGUUCAGUUUCAGAUAUCCGCCAUGGGACGAGAGAAAGCUGCAACUGUUAAGAUAUGCUUACAGUUUCGAUUAUGUCAGAUUUGUGCUAUACUUUUUAGGAUUAAAGAGAUAAUUGCUCAGUUUACUCUUCGUGCCGUCGUCGUGUUUUGGCCUUGCUAGCCGGUUGAAUCGUACGGUCGUUUUCAGUUAUGGGUACUAUUUCUAUGGCAACUCCACUUCAUGGAGAUGCACUGGAAGAGUUUUCUCUUCUCUUUUUUCUUUUUCUUUUUUUUUUUUUAUGCUUGAGAAGGUCGUUUAGUGCCAAUACAGAGAGUAUAUUGUUUGGUUACAUGAGCUUAUUUAGUUUAUCA